ACUAUAACUAAAUGGAGGUAGUACUUUUUAAACUUGAUUAGUAAAGAAAAAAGUUUAUAUCCUUAAUAAGUAAAAGUACUAAAGUUUAUACCCUUGUCGGUAAAUUUUCUCGUCUUACUUCAAUUAAACAAAACCCAGAUAGAAAACCUUGGAAAUUGGAAAACCCGAACCCGAUUCAAUACAGUGAGAGAGAUCGAAAGCAUAACGAUCGGUGUGCUUCGUUCAGGAAUAGGAUGCAACAGAGGUUGAAGCAACAGCAAGCCUUGAUGCAACAAGCCCUUCUCCAACAGCAUCCCAUCUACCAUCCAGGCCUCGUCGCCGCUGCCAUGUCUCAGAUGGAGCCUAUGCCCAGUGGAAACUUGCCGCCAGGAUUUGAUUCAUCCACUUGCCGCAGUGUUUAUGUAGGAAACAUUCAUGUUAAUGUCACCGAGACUCUUCUUGCUGAAGUUUUCCAGAGUGUUGGCCCUCUUGCAGGUUGCAAGCUGAUAAAAAAGGAGAAGUCAUCAUAUGGUUUUGUUGACUACCUUGAUCGAGCUUCUGCAGCACUUGCAAUAAUGUCACUCCAUGGGCGACAACUUUUUGGUCAGGCACUCAAAGUAAACUGGGCAUAUGCCAACAGCCAGAGGGAGGAUACAUCAGGGCACUUCAAUAUAUUUGUUGGUGAUUUAAGUCCUGAGGUUACAGAUGCAACUCUUUACGCAUGCUUCUCAGUGUAUCCUGCUUGUUCUGAUGCAAGGGUCAUGUGGGAUCAUAAAACUGGACGUUCAAAAGGAUAUGGGUUUGUUUCCUUCCGGAAUCAGCAGGAGGCACAGGGUGCUAUCAAUGACUUGACUGGUAAAUGGCUUGGUAAUAGGCAAAUCAGAUGCAACUGGGCAACAAAAGGUGCUGGAUCCAAUGACGACAAGCAAAUAAGUGACAACCAAAAUGCAGUAGUACUUACCAAUGGAUCUUCAGAUGGUGGUCAGGAAAACACUGAUGAAGAUGCCCCCGAAAAUAACCCUGCAUACACUACUGUCUAUGUGGGCAACCUUUCCCAUGAGGUAACUGAAGGUGAGCUUCAUUGUCAGUUUCAUGCACUUGGAGCUGGAGUUAUUGAGGAGGUGCGCGUACAGAGGGACAAAGGUUUUGGAUUUAUCAGAUACAACACUCAUGAAGAAGCAGCAACAGCCAUUCAGAUGGCCAAUGGUAAGAUACUUCGUGGAAAACCCUUGAAGGUAAGAGAAUCCUUGCUUGCAGUUACUUCUGCUUUCUAUGUCACUUAUUUUAUGAAUUAGGAAUCCCCUUUGCCAGAUCCCUUCCUGCCCACCCCAAGGUUUGAACUUGAGACCUCCAACAUGGAUGCUCAAGCUUUUAACUCGGAGACAUCCCUAAGGGACUGUUCUCAUUUGACUAGGCCAUAUUUAUGAUCUCAGUAGCUUUUACAUUAGAUCUGAAAGUUCAUGUCUAUAAUGCUAUCAGGAAGUGGCAUACUGUUCUCUUUUAUGUUCUGAAUGGUUCUCGUGUAGAUAUCAGAAGCGUGCAUGUUUACAUUUAUUUGGGUAAAUGCAUGAUGUUAUCCAUACAUCUAUUGUUGUAGUGCUCAUGGGGUAGCAAGCCAACUCCUCCUGGGACAGCUUCAAAUCCACUACCUCCUCCUGCUCAACCGUAUCAGAUCCUUCCAAGUGCUGGCAUGAACCAGGGUUAUUCCCCAGCUGAGUUAUUAGCUUACCAACGCCAACUUGCUUUAAGCCAAGCUGCUGCAUCUGGCCUUUCAGGCCAAGCUCUUUUGCAGAUGACUGGCCAACACGGCCUGGCUGCUGCCUCAAUGGGUUUGGGCUCCAGUGGUUCUCAGGCAAUGUUUGAUGGAUAUCCCAAUUCUUCUUCAAGUCAGCAGCUCAUGUAUUACCGUUAAUACCAGUGCAAGGUUGCAGCUGGAAGCCCCUAUUGUUUUGCCUGUGUUAUUCUAUUUUUAUUUUUGGUCAUCUGAGUGAGAUGCGAGUAACCUCUGACUUAAUUUUGGUUCUUCUUUUCUUCCACCCUCUAUGUUGUAACGUGUGACAAAGUGAUUAUAAAUGAGCAUAUUGUGGGUGUUCUCUGCUCGGUUUUAAUGGUUAUCAAGAUAUUUUCGUGCAUAUUCUGUCUGGUGCUUCUAUUUUUCUUCAACUAACUCAUUUUGUAACUGCUUGAUUCAACAAAAUCUGAUUUAGCAAAUCCAAUAAAGAAAACAAAUAUAA